AUGGGGUCAAAAACACUUGGGAAGGCUGCAACAUUAGAUGAGCUUUUGAACGCUUGUAUUGAAAUGUUUGAUGACAAAGGCAAUCAGUGCUCCAGCCAUUUGCCAAGAACCUUUCUAUUAAUGCACCGGUGGUAUCUGCCUUCCACAGAGCUGGCUGGCAAGCUUCUGUCCACAUAUAGAGAUGCCAAUGGGGAGAACUGCAAUGAAUUCAGAUUAAAAAUCUGCUAUUUCAUGAGAUACUGGAUUUUGGAAUUUCCUGCAGAGUUUAACUUGGAUCUUGGGCUGAUUCGUUUGACUGAAGAAUUUCGAGAAGUAGCCAGCCAGCUUGGAUAUGAGGAUCACAUCCAUCUCAUUGAUAUCUCCAGCAUUCCUUCCUAUGACUGGAUGAGAAGAGUUACACAGAGGAAGAGGAUUUCCAAGAAAGGAAAAGCCUGCCUGCUGUUUGACCAUCUGGAGCCCAUUGAGCUAGCUGAACAUCUCACUUUUCUGGAGCAUAAAUCUUUUAGGAGAAUUUCUUUCACAAACUACCGAAGCUAUGUGAUCCAUGGCUGCUUGGAGGACAAUCCUACUUUGGAGAGAUCUAUUGCUUUAUUUAAUGGUAUCUCCAAAUGGGUCCAGCUCAUGGUUCUCAGCAAACCAACACCCCAGCAAAGGGCAGAAGUAAUCACAAAGUUUAUCAACGUUGCACAGAAGCUCCUUCACCUCCAGAACUUCAACACACUGAUGGCAGUUGUGGGAGGUCUAAGCCACAGCUCUAUUUCUCGCCUGAAAGAAACUCAUUCUCAUCUAUCUUCAGAAGUCACAAAGGACUGGAACGAAAUGACAGAGCUGGUCUCUUCCAAUGGAAACUACUGCAACUACCGGAAGGCUUUUGCUGACUGUGUUGGCUUCAAAAUUCCUAUUUUAGGAGUUCAUUUGAAAGACUUGAUUGCUGUCCAUGUAAUUUUUCCUGACUGGAUAGAUGAGAACAAAGUUAACAUAGUGAAAAUGCAACAGCUUUCCAUCACCUUGAGCGAACUGGUUUCCCUGCAAACUGCCUCACAUCAUUUAGAGCCUAAUAUGGAUUUAAUUAACCUGCUAACUCUGUCCCUGGACCUCUAUCACACUGAGGAUGAUAUCUACAAGCUCUCGCUGGUGCUGGAACCAAGGAACUCCAAAUCGCAGCCUACCUCCCCGACAACCCCUAACAAGCCAGUAGUGCCACUGGACUGGGCAUCUGGAGUGGUACCAAAACCCGACCCUACCGUCAUUAACAAACACAUACGAAAGCUAGUGGAUUCUGUCUUUAGGAACUACGAUCAUGACCACGAUGGCUAUAUUUCUCAGGAAGACUUCGAAAGUAUAGCUGCCAACUUUCCCUUUCUGGACUCUUUCUGUGUGCUGGACAAAGACCAAGAUGGUCUUAUAAGCAAAGAAGAAAUGAUGGCUUACUUUCUGAGAGCUAAAUCACAGUUCCAGUGUAAAAUGGGACCAGGGUUUAUUCAUAACUUUCAGGAGAUGACCUAUCUUAAACCAACUUUCUGUGAGCACUGUGCAGGAUUUCUCUGGGGUAUAAUCAAACAAGGCUACAAAUGCAAAGAUUGCGGUGCCAACUGUCAUAAGCAAUGCAGAGACCUGCUUGUGCUGGCCUGCAGGAAAUUUUCCAGAGGAACCUCAGUAGGCAGCAACCACGGCUCUCUGCCUAGCAGUCCGUCUAUACCUCCAGUCCAAGAUGAAGUAUUUGAAUUUCCCAGUGUUGCUGCGGAACACCAGGACCUCGACGGCAGAGCUAUCACCCUCGUCACUGGCUCUUCACGGAAAAUUUCAGUGCGGCUGCAGAGGGCAACCACCAGCCAAGCGACACAGACAGAACCACUCUGGCAUGAGCCAGGCUGGAAUGAUUCAGGUUCCCAUACUUUCCCCAAAAUGAAGUCCAAGUUCCAUGGCAAAGCUGGGAAGAACAAAGGCUUUGCAAAAUGGGAGAACGAAAAGCCCACCGUGCAGGCUGAUAUAGAGCUAGAAGCGGAGGCCCCGCACCACAUACAGGGUCACAACGGAAUAGAAACCCUCCCAGAAAGACAAGAAUCUGAGGAUAGCUGAUUGCUCACCCUGAAGCACAGAAUAACGAAGAUGACAAC